AGGCAUCGCCGUGGGAACGAGAGAGAGAGAGAGAAAGAGAGCGCGCUCGAGAGAGGAGAUCUGUUUUAGCGCAGUCAGCAGUAAAGUGCCUCACUACCUUGUUCGCGGACGGGACGGAAAGCGUGUACGCGAGCCAUGCGUCUCUGAGCACUAGCGCUAUCAUGCAGAAUAUUCCAGAGAAGAAGAGAGAGACCGACAGCCUGCGAGGGCCCGCGUCCCGGGAUGGUGAAGGACGCGGGGACUCCGAGGGGGACGCGCAGGGGAAGCAGGCGGACGCGGAGCGAGAGACGCUGAUGAUGGAGCUCACGCGACUGGUGCAGAAGAGUGUGCGCGAGAGCAGCUGGUGGGAGAAGAGAGGGAUAGACUGCACCAUCCUCACCGCAGCCUUCAUCAGUUUACCUGCAGGGUUCCUGUUGUUGGGUUCGUCUCAGCUGCUGUAUUUCCUGUCGGGUCUGCUGAUAAUGGGCGUGGCUCACGCUGUCAUCACUGUUAAAGGCGCACACCUGGCCAGUCACGGCGCGCUCAGCGAGUCUCCGGCCUGGGCCGACUUCUGGGCCGUCUUCUUCAUCGAAGUGUGCGGCUCGUUCUCAGCGCGGGCGGGUGUUCAGGCUCAUGUGAAGAUGCAUCACGCUCACACUAAUGUGAUCGGCCUGGGAGACUCCAGCACCUGGAAGAUGCCCUUCCUGCCUCGAUCCGUCUACCUGUUCAUCGCGCCGCUGGCCAUCCCCAUCAUCACACCCGUCGUCGCCGUCGGUCAGCUGAAGGGUCAGUCUCCGCUCCAGAUGGCGCGCACCGUCGUGUGUGUGUGUCUGGGGUUUUUCUCUCAGUAUUACCUGCUCAGGUGUGUGUCAGGGCUGUCGUUCAGCUCCGCUCUGAUGGUCAUGCUUCUGUGUCGAGCCAUGUUCUCUGUGCCGUACAUACAUGUCAACAUUUUUCAGCACAUCGGACUGCCAAUGUUUUCUGCCAGUAGCCGUCCAAAACGGAUCUACCAGAUGACGCACGGAGUCCUGAACCUUCCCAGAAACCCACUGCUGGACUGGACCUUUGGCCAUUCCCUCAUCAACUGCCACGUAGAGCAUCACCUUUUCCCAUUCCUGUCUGACAACAUGUGCCUGAAGGUGAAGCCCAUCGUGUCUCAGUAUCUGAAGGAGAAGAAGCUGCCAUAUCAGGAGGACGGUUACGUCUCCCGUCUGCGGCUCUUCUUCCACAGGUAUCAGGAGCUGAUGGUGUUUGCUCCGCCCAUCACUGAACUCGUGGGAGUGCAGUGACAGAGGGAGAGGAUGAGAACAUGGACACUGACAUGAUGAUGAUCAAGCGUCAUGCGCUUCCAAAUGCUUCCAAAUUUUAUAUAUACAUGUUUAGUUGAUGCAUGAAGGCAUUAGAACUGAAGUCAACGUUUCGCAACCCAUAAUGUGACAUAUUUAUGAGUGAAACAGGGUGUUCAACGAGAACAAAAAAAUGUAGGAUGAGACCUGAAUGCUGAAAAGGAAAGUCAUUUUAGAGAUGCAUCAAAUUUCGGUGAAGGAUUAUGAAGACAAACAUGUAUUGUUUUAGAAUAACGUGCACUGAUGAAUCAUAAAUGAAUGCGCAAUAAGAAAAGAAAAUGGGAUCAGUUUUGAUUCCGCGUUGACUUUAACAAGCGAUGUCACUCACAGCAUCAUUUAAAAUGGACGCUUUUGUAUAAAACACUGAAGAAAAGGAGGAUUUCCCUUAAGACAGCACUCCGCUAAAUGACAUUAUUGAAUGUAAAGAACAUUGCCUUAUGCGCUGACGUCAGAUCAGUGAUAAUACUGCACUGCAGCUCUCAGCACACAUGACCUCUGACCCCUGAACAACUUAAAAGAUGGAUAAUACUUCACCUAAUCUAUAUAGGACACACUUUAACCUUGUUCCGAAGUAGUGAGCUGCGUUUGCUCUCUCUUAAGUGACUAAAUAAGCUGCGACUCUGUACAUCAGGGAACAACUGAUUCCAGUAGAGUUUGCCAUGCAUUAUGGGAUUGUCAUCUCCACAAAGGUUAAAUAUGAUGCUGCUUUUAAAAUUUUGGGCAAAUGAAGCUAUCUUGAAGGUAAUUUUGCUGUCUAGAUAGGCAGCUCACUAGGUUUUGGAACAGAGCUUUUGUGUAGAUUAAAGGAACACUCCACUUUUUUUGAAAAUAGGCUCAUUUUCCAACUCCCCUAGAGUUAAACAGU